AUUAUUUAUUAUCUGUUAUAUUUAAUUGGUUAAUUUUGUUUUUUUUUGGGGUAAAAAUAGGAUCGGCCUCACUCGGUCACACCAGAUGGUGGUGGGCUUUCGUACUUUCGUUUCUUUGUGGGCUUUAAAUGGGCCUAACAAAUGCGCCAUUUCCAGUUUAUGUAAUGAUGGUUCGUGGUUCUGUCUGCGUGUGAUGAAACGCCGCGGUCAAAUUUUGAUUUCUUAACAGCACCUGAUCGGCGGCUUCAUUUCUCUCUGGAUUUCCGACGACGAUGAGGCGGUGGGGGAUAUGAUUUGCUAAUCUGAAUUGGAUCUUGGCGGGUGAUGGUAAACAUAAUGGCUACUAAGGCAAUGUUUAAAUGGUCAAAACAAAUCACCCCUUCUCAAGUGGUGCAGCUAAUACGGGCUGAAAGGAACAUAGACAAGGCUCUUUCAAUAUUUGACUCAGCGACAGCUGAGUAUGCAAAUGGUUUUCGGCAUGAUCAUAAUACUUUCAGUUUCAUGAUCUCUAGAUUAGUUUCUGCAAACAAAUUUAAACCAGCAGAAGAUCUCCUUGAUAGGAUGAAGGAAGAGACGUGUGAUAUCAGUGAAGACAUAUUCCUUUUGAUUUGUAGAGGCUAUGGUCGUGUUCACAGGCCGCUGGAGGCCAUCAGGGUCUUUGACAAAAUGAAGGAAUUCCAUUGCAAACCCACCCAAAAAUCUUAUGUUACAGUGUUUGAUAUUCUUGUGGAAGAGAACCAGUUAAAUAUGGCUAUAAGGUUUUACAGGUGUAUGAGAGAAACCGGCAUUCCAGCUUGUGUUGCUUCCCUCAAUGUGUUGAUUAAAGCCCUUUGUAAGAACAAUGGAACAAUGGAUUCUGCUCUUCAUAUAUUCCGUGAAAUGCCUAAUCGUGGGUGUCCUCCAGACUUGUAUACAUAUGGCACUCUGAUUAGUGGACUGUGUAAAUUUGGAAAAAUUAGCGAAGCAAAAGAGUUGUUCAAAGAGAUGAAGACCAAGGAUUGUUUACCGUCUGUUUUUACAUACACCUCCUUAAUACAUGGUUUGUGUCUGUCAGCCUCCAUAGAUGAAGCCUUAGGAUUACUGGAAGAGAUGAAGAGCAAAGGUAUUGAACCUAAUGUUUUUACCUAUAGUUCUUUAAUGAAUGGUCUUUGUAAGGUUGGAAAAACUUCAGCAGCAAUGGAGCUAUUGGAGACCAUGGUCAGCAAAGGAUGUUCACCCAACAAUAUCACUUACAGUACCUUGAUUGAUGGACUUUGUAAGGAAGGAAAGCUCCAAGAAGCUGUAGAGAUUCUUGACAGGAUGAAGCUUCAAGGCUUGAAACCAGAUGCAGGAUUGUAUGGGAAGAUCAUUACUGGCUUCUGUCAUAUCAAAAAGUUUGAGGAGGGUGCUAGCUUUCUUGAUGAGAUGGUUCUUGAAGGAAUCUCACCAAACAGACUAACUUGGAGUAUUCAUGUUAGGAUUCAUAAUGCAGUUGUCCAGGGCCUUUGUACCAAGGGUGACUUAACUCGAGCUUUUCAGUUGUAUCUAAGCAUGAGGACAAGGGGUAUCUCAAUCACUGUUGAAAUCUUUGACUCUCUUGUGCAAUCUUUCUGUAAGAAAGGAGACUUGCUCAAAGUUACUCAGAUAGUUGAUGAUAUGGUGAUUGAUGGAUAUGUUCCAGAAAAGGGAACAUGGAUUGGGUUAGUCACUGCAUUUUGUCAUCAAAGGAAGGUUAAAAAGCUUGCUGAGUCAUUACUGAUUGAGGUCAUUGCUGAACGGACAUAGAAAUUCAAGAUCAAGCUAUAUGAUUGAGUGCGUAACCACUGGUAUUGGUUUUCUCUUAUCUGACUCUCCUGUAACAUGUUAAUAAAACAGUUUCUUUUGG